GCGGAGAGUUCCUCUGGCCUCAGGCGGGAAGGCGGGGCUGGCGCGGUGGAACCGGAGGGCCAGGCCGAUUGGGAGAGGUCUCUGCAGCCGGGGGCGGGGCGAACUCAGCAGCCCAGGGGGCCAUCUGAGUCCUGCCCUAGUUGGAGGUGGCCUGCGGCGCUCGGUUGCCACAGCUGCGGUGGCACUGGCGGAGUCUGCGCGAUGGGCGACCCGGAAAGGCCGGAAGCGGCCAGGCCGGAGCAGAAUGAGAGGUUAUCUUCAGAUACCAACGAAAAUGAAGAACCACUCCUAAGAAAGAGUUCUCGCCGAUUUGUCAUCUUUCCAAUCCAGUACCCUGAUAUUUGGAAGAUGUAUAAACAGGCACAGGCGUCCUUCUGGACAGCAGAAGAGGUGGAGCGAUUUAGUCAGGAGGUGCAGGUUCCAGAGGCUCGCUGUUUCUAUGGCUUUCAAAUUCUCAUCGAGAAUGUCCACUCAGAGAUGUACAGUUUGCUAAUAGACACGUACAUAAGAGAUCCCAAGAAAAGUGACUUUUUGGAUUUUGCCUGGGAAAGGGUGGUGGCCUUUGCUGCUGUAGAAGGAGUUUUCUUCUCGGGAUCUUUUGCUGCUAUAUUCUGGCUAAAGAAAAGAGGUCUUAUGCCUGGACUCACUUUUUCCAAUGAACUCAUCAGCAGAGAUGAAGGGCUUCACUGUGACUUUGCUUGCCUGAUGUUUCAAUAUUUAGUAAAUAAGCCUUCAGAAGAAAGGGUCAGGGAGAUCAUUGUUAAUGCUGUUGAAAUUGAGCAGGAGUUUUUAACAGAAGCCUUGCCAGUUGGGCUCAUUGGAAUGAAUUGUGUUUUGAUGAAACAGUAUAUUGAGUUUGUAGCUGACAGAUUACUUGUGGAACUUGGAUUCUCAAAGAUUUUUCAGGCAGAAAAUCCCUUUGAUUUUAUGGAAAACAUUUCUUUAGAAGGGAAAACAAAUUUCUUUGAGAAACGAGUUUCAGAGUAUCAGCGUUUUGCAGUGAUGGCAGAAACCACAGAUAAUGUCUUCACCUUGGAUGCAGAUUUUUAAAACCCUCCCCAUAUCUAAACAUAUCAUUGGUAAAUAGCAGUCUAUUUUUCUCUGCUUUAAAAAACAAACAAAACAUAAAGUGUCUCCUUUGCUCAAGAGGAAAUCCAAAAUCAAAUAUCAAUCAAGUUGGAUUUAUAUGAAUAUACUCAAACUUUUUAACAACCAGAGUGUAACUUAAAUGCUUUUGUUUUGUUACUAAAAUAUAAGAUGACAUUAUGUAGUGAUUAAGAGCAUGAGGUGAGGAGUCAGAUAUGAGUUUGAGAUUCUGUCCUUACUAUUUUGUGUGACCCUUGGCAAGUCAGUUAAUCUCCCUCAACCUCACUGUACUUAUUUUUAAAAAUGAAUGUAAUAGUAGGUCCUAAAUUCAUAGAGUGGAUAUGAGGAUUAAGGUACAAAGUAAGUUCUUAGCCAACACUACCACCAUCACCACCAUUACUAAUUAUUAUUAUUAUCAAUAGUGUGGAUUGCAGUGAUAUUGUGAUAAAGUACUCCCAUCUCCUCAAAGUAAUUGUGAUUCUUGAUUCUAAGAUCUAGAGUUAGAUCUUUGUAUUUUUAAUGUUGGAGAAAGGAUAUAAAGAUUUCCUUAAAAAGAUUAUAAUUCUCAUUAACUUGAGAAUAACUUCUUUGGAUUCCUCAGUAUUGUACUAAAAGAAGUUUAGCUCUUAGUUGCUUUGGGUAGGAUACUUACAGAGUGGCAUCCACGUGGUUGCCAUGGUAGUGGGCCUUGUGAGCAAAAUGGUUCUGCUUUUUCAGAAGUUAAAAGGAUAACUAUUGCCAGACAUAGCCCUUAAUGUAUAAAACUAGGGUGAAUUAGCUAGAGUAGCACUUCCCAAAGAGAAUUCUAAGAGCUAUUAGCCCCUCUAGAUAUUUUGUGG